AUGGUCACGGAUUUUGAUCUGGAGCAGUGUGUCACUGAAUAAAAUUUACAUGCUGUUCAGUUACAGUAUCAUUUGAUGUCCUAUCUGUGCCUUCAAAAUUUGUGUUGUACCAGCUGUUUGGAUGUUGUUGAUGGAAUGUUAUGUCCGUGCCCAUAUCCUUAUGCCAUUCACCCAAACUUAACGCCACGUAGUGCAGCUGAUUGAAGAAAUGCUGUGGAAUUUUAGCCAGCAGUCAAUCUGGUUAGAUCCCUUAACUGUUUAUUUCCAUAUGCGAUCAUAAUAAAGUUAGAUGUUAUUUAACAAGGUCAUUCUGUUGCAAAUCUUCAACAAAUCAGCAUGUUUAUUUUGCUAAAAUACCUAAAUACUUUUUUAUCAUUAGAAAGUGAAAAAGUGAGAUAAAGGUGGAUUUUCUGUCAGUCAGUCAUAGACUUGAGUGAUCAACGGUAAGUCUUUAAAGAUCACCUUUUCCUAAUAGAACUGAAUCAAAAUAUUUUUGUGAUUGAAUGAAAAUUGUGUUGUUAUGCAAGUUAGGUAGAUAGAAACAAUUGUAUUUAGAGCUUCAAUUUAAGGGAUAUUAUGCUCACUUUUUCAAAGCUAUUUGGUGCUGCAAUUAAAAAUGGAAGGGGUGUAGGGAGGAAUACAAAUGGAAUGUAACGGUGAGCUCUACUGUACCAUGGAUCCCUUGGUUUUGAGUUCUUGUAGACAGCAGUUGAAGCAGGGAAUGGAGAAGGGGAUGAACUCUUCCCUUCUGAAGGCAGGCUGCUGGUGGACCCUUAAGGAGAAAUUGCUGCAGUUCUAUAAGGCUAGAAAAAUGUUUGAAGGGGAAAUGGCAAGUUUGGAAGCUAUUCAGAAAACCAAUAUUGUGAGAGUGCCUCAGCCCAUUAAAAUAAUUGACCUACCUGGAGGAGGAGCAAUGUUUGUCAUGGAGUACCUAAAGAUGAAGCACCUCAACAAAUAUUCUUCAAAGCUUGGAGAGCAGAUAGCAGAUCUUCAUCUUUAUAACCAGAAACUUGGAGAGAAAUUGAGAAAGGAGGGAAACACAAUUGGUAAAGGAGCAGGUCACUCUGAGUCUCAGUAUGUGGAUAAGUUUGGAUUCCAUACAGCCACUUGCUGUGGUUAUAUACCACAGGUGAAUGAAUGGCAGAGUGAUUGGCCUUCGUUCUUCAUUCGUCACCGACUCCAAGCUCAGUUGGAUUUGAUUGAAAAAGAUUAUGGAGACAGAGAAGCCAGAGAACUUUGGUCACAGCUAAAACUAAAGAUUCCUGAAAUGUUCUGUGAUGUAGAAAUUGUUCCUGCUCUCCUGCAUGGGGACCUGUGGGCAGGAAAUGUGGCUGAGGACGACUCUGGGCCAAUUAUCUUUGACCCUGCUUCCUUCUAUGGCCAUUCAGAAUUUGAACUGGCCAUUGCUGGAAUGUUUGGUGGGUUUAGCAGCUCUUUUUUCUCUGCCUAUCACAGUAAAAUACCCAAAGCUCCAGGAUUUGAGAAACGAAACAAAUUGUAUCAGCUCUUUAAUUACAUAAACCACUGGAACCAUUUUGGGACAGGGUACAGGGGAUCUACCCUAAAUGUAAUGAGAAAGCUUCUGAAGUAAGCAGGUAGGUUUGAGAAAUUCUGACAUAGUCCCUUAGUAAUGAACAGCCCCUGGCUAUCAGAAGUAAUUAGGAACUAAAACUAGGAAUUAAUGUUGAUGGUAAAACACCUGACAUGUAAAAGGCUUAGUACACUUUUGAGCCUCACUAAAUGUUAAGAGUGAUUGUGUAAUUUUUAACUUAUACUAGUUUACUAGCACAGAUUCACACCCUGCUGAAGGAAAGGAUUGCAUUGUUUGGGAAGACUCCACUGGGUUGGAAAAAUAGCAUGACAGUAGCCUAACCUUACUCUCCGUAGAGGGUCUCACUUCAUAGCUGCUGCAUUUCCAAAGUUGUUUGCAUCCUGCCGCUUCUGUUGCUGCUCUAUCAGCAGUUCAUUACUGAGACCUACUGUUGUGGGAUUGUGGUGCUGGAAGUAGUAACUAGUUCCUUACGUCUCCCUUUUUUGUUAUGUUUUAGUUUUCUGUCUCUGUUUCCAUCCCCUUUCCCAUUUAUAUUUCUGUUGUCUUUCCUUUCCCAUGUUAAGUGUCCUAAUCCAAAAUUUAAAUCAGAUUCUAUGAAUCUGAAAAUGAAAACAUUCUCUUUUUUGAUUUAAAGAGUAGACAAGGCCCUUUGGACUGCACUUGGCAAGCAUAUGUAAUUAAUAACAUUUCUAAUAUUUAUUUUAAUUUAAUGUAAUUUACUUACAUGCUUUUGUUUUUCUCUUGCUAUGAGAAAUUAAAUUACAGUGGUAUUUCAGAAAAAGGAUGUCUGUAGUUCCUUGGUAAUUAAGUGUAUGGUCAGAAAGUGGGUUGUUACCACGCAAGUUUGAUAAUAACAUAUCAUAGUUUUAGUAUGAUACUUGUCACAGAUGGAGUGAUGCACUUCACUCAUAAGAGAGAAGUAGCAGUAUGUUUAUUGAUAUAAAACAGUGAUUUAUUGAUAAUAGCAUAUCUUAGUUUUAGUAUGAUAUUUUAGUGUGUUAUGCUAUGAUAGUAACAUUUACAUACCUUUUUACAAAGAGCAAAAGGUGGGAGGGAGGCUUAGUGUCUUGAUGACAGGAAAGCAUCUGUUGCUGCUGUGUUGGUUGGUGCUUGAUGUAUUUUCAAUUUUAGAAAAUAAUGUACAGUAGGCAAAGCUAAUCUGUUCUGCCACUGCUGGAUUAUUGAAGGAACAGUGUCAAAUUAGAUGGCUUUAUCAUGUUUUUUAAUAUUCCUAACUGCUUUAUUUUUACAGAAAACAUAGGCAAUGAGAAUUUGGGGAGAAAACUGUGCAACGAUACUGGCAUACAAUGUGAGCUAGAGUACAUUAGCAGAUCCAUGUUUUUUUUAAUGGAAGAAAGUGGUAAAGAAAGUAAAUGUAAGUGCAGUCCAAUGAAUGCUUAUGUGAAUCAGAGGAUUUGAAUAAGAAUUACCGAACUUAUAUAUUUAGGCUUCAGACAGUUGUCAUGACUAAUACAUAAAAUACUAUAUUCAAAAAUGCUCAAAUAUGUUUAGACUUUUUUUCCAACUUUAAAUGGCUGUGCUAUAAAGAUUUCAUGAAGUUUAAAGUUAGAUGUUGUCAUUGAUAUGAUUUAAAAAAUGCAUUUCAUUCUCUGUAAAUAUAAUACAAAUAGUUAACAUUUUUUACUUCCUUUGAAUUUGGGCUACAAUUAGGGGAAGUUGUCACGGUGUGGUUAUAACACUUAAUACAAUUAUUGCAGUGGAGAAGUGGAAUAAUAGAGUUAGAAUACAGUUGAAAUCGUAGCCAAUAGCUAGAAGAUCCAGGUCUGAGAAAACAGCCAAGUGCAUGCAUACUAGUAUUUAUUAAUGUUAACAAAAAUACAUGUAUUACAUUGGAAAGUACAUGUGAACUUCUCAAAUAAAACAUUUGCCUUGCAGAAA